ACCUCUUUAAAGUUCUAACCUCUCUCACUUUGACACACACUCUCACUCUCACUCUCACUCUCACACUCUCCAAGUUGGUGGGUUUCCAAGAGAGAUCUGAAAUAGACUACUACUGUUAACUGUGUGUAAAUUUGGGAUAUAGCGAUCAAAGAAUGAAGAGACUCAGCAACUCUGAUUCCUUGGGUGGUUUGAUGUCCAUCUGUCCCAACGCUACAGAGGAAGAAAGCAAUAAUCCGAUGUACGCGAGGGAGUUCCAGACGAUGCUGGAGGGUUUGGAGGAGGAGGAAUCGGGGCACGUGUCGGAGAAGAAACGGAGAUUGAGCGUGGAUCAGGUCAAGGCAUUGGAGAAGAAUUUCGAGGUCGAGAAUAAGCUUGAGCCGGAGAGGAAAGUCAAGCUGGCUCAGGAGCUCGGUCUGCAGCCGCGCCAGGUCGCCGUCUGGUUCCAGAACCGCCGCGCGCGCUGGAAGACCAAGCAGUUGGAGAGAGACUACGGCGGCCUCAAGGCCAGCUACGACGGCCUCAAGCUCAACUUCGAGAGGCUCCAACGCGACAAUGAAUCUCUACUCAAAGAGAUUCGCGAGCUCAAAUCGAAGCUCAACGGAGAUGACGAGGAGAAGACGAGACUCGAAAGUGAGAUCGGCGACGCAGUUCUCAGGCGAGCUGGCGCGGCCGAAGAGCGCGGACGUGGACGUGGACUACCACGCGCAGAGGAUGAACAUAAGCUCGCUGACGUCGAUGUCGGCGAAGUUGAGGAGGAGGAUGUUCAUGUUCGGGCCGGUGAAAUUCAAGCCGGAGAUGGAGCUGGGCGCUCUCAAACAGAGGCAGGCCAAGCUGGCGGAGAAGCCCACUGCCCCGGAGAAGGACGUGCCCUCGCAGCCCGAGCCCGAGCCGGAAAAGGUAGCGACGCCUGCAGAAGAAAAGAAAGAAAUAGGAAAGAAAGAAGAUGA